AUGCCUGCGCCCACGUACAUCAUCUCGAGGGUGGCGGACCCCAUUUUCGCCGUCUUCAUUGGCGUCUCUGCCGCCGUCACCCGCAUCAAUCGCGAGCAGAAGAGCAAGGGAAAGACGGCGAAUGAGACCAUUGAAGCUGGGCUGCGGUAUGGCGGGCAGACUUUUCUUACACUAGGCUUGACGUGUUGGAAUUUCGCGCAAAACGGCUUGAUCAAGCUCAUGCUCCAUGAUAACGCCCACCUCGACGCCAAGUAUUCUAUAUUCGACCCGCCGAGUUCCCUUGAACGGGAACUGUGCGCUUCCCGACAUGCUGUCGACUCGUGGACGUAG